AUGGACAGCGACGCAAUACUUCCCUCCUCCCCUCCUCGCGCAAGUGCGCCCAACCUCCCCAGUUCGCCCUUCUUCGAACCGCGCGACCACGCGUUUUCGCCCAAGUCAAGUUCUCCACCACCCCUAUUCUCUAGUGAUGACUCUCGAGAGUCGGCAGACGUGGGCAACUAUGUAUCACCGCGCAUUUUCAAGAACAAGCGCAAAGGCGCAUGGUGGGAAUCCGAAAAUGGCGACUCGGCGCAAAACACGCCAGAAGCCAAAAAGGUGAAGAUGACGCGCAACUUCGACUCGGGUGUGUUCAUGAUGAGCGACGCGUCAGAUGGAUCUGUAGAUCUGCUGCCUGAGCACAAAUCGCCCUUCGAUCUUCCUGGGGCCUGGGAUGAGCCACCGUCAAUGGGGCGUGGGGAAAAUGUCUUCUACCCGAGAAUGCGCAUGGGACUGGAUAAGAACUCUGACACGUACGAAUUCGAGGGGUUGGGGCUCGGUGACGACGACAUCCACUACAUUGGCGAACUCGAUUCGGUGAUCAGAGUUCCUCCAGUUCCGGGCGACGACCUUCCCACCGAGGGCCAGUUCCGCUCAAUGAUUCCUGAACUACACAUCAACCUGAGCAACAACAACCUCUGUCGACUCACCCCGACGCUGUUCCACGUGCGAUUCCUCACAAGUCUUAGCCUUAGAAACAAUCAGAUCGUAGAGCUCCCGCCGCAGAUCAACCAGCUUCGUCAUUUGGAAAUGAUAGACUUGUCAUUGAACAAGCUAGUGUCGCUACCUUUUGAGCUACUUGGCAUGUUCAGGCCGUAUGGCAAUUUGGAGGAUGUUCGGACCUUAGGUAAUCACACGUUACUCGAGCGCGAGUCCUCUACGCGCUUCUAUGUAGACUUGUACGAGGACUUGUCACUGUCUUCAUUAGGGACAAGAACCAUCCAGACACUCCAUCGCAUGGCCGACGAGAAACUUCCGGGACUUUACGCCAGCCUAUCAUCAAGUCCAGAUCGUGAAAGAGAUGUUUGGAAAAUACGCGAACUCGAGUCCUGGACCAGCAUGGUCGAACCUACACAGGUGGAUGAGACAUUGGAAACCGUCGGUGAAGGUGUUUACCCUCAUCAUCCUCCAAGCAAAUAUCAGUCUAUCAAGCUCAACAAGGACUUCCAAAGGGAUCUCUUCUCACCCACAUAUUACGCCCGAACACCAGUGUCUUACUUCGACCAAGCAGGUGUGUUGAUCAAAGGUUCGCCUUCCCAACCCACCUCAAACGAUCACGACUUCUGCGCCAUCGUCGAAACCACUCGCGGCGCGUACGACGUUCCACCGACAUGGUUUUCCCCACCACGAACCUCUAGAGUGUCCUCUCUCGUCGCAACAUGUCUCCACAACGUUCUGCGAAAACGGCACCUGGACAGUUUGUCCAUCGAUGAUGUCCGCGCACUCAUCCCCGAGCCAGUUCCUGUUGACGCUGAUCGCAUUCUUGCACAGGCAGCAGAGAACAGCAUCGCUGGCUAUAGCGAGUUCCGCCACUGUCACGUAUGCAAGCACGAGUACGUGGUUGCGAGGGCCGAGUGGAUCGAAUUCUGGAAAGUCUCCGCCUUUUACCCGCUGAAGGUCAAGGUGUGCUCGUGGGCGUGUGUGCCGGCGGAGAUGCGCGAGAGGCCAAGAGAGUUGAUGCUGGAGUAG